AAGCGUUGAUGCGGAAGCGUCCAACGCGGAAGCAAUAUCUUAAGCCCUUUUUGACGCAUGCAUUUGUACUUUGAGCACUUCUUAUUACAUUAAUACAGAGAUUAUAAAUUCAGGUGUUAGUAUUAUCAGAUAAUAUAGACAGAGGUGUGUGUGGAGCAGUUAUGUCGUCCAGUGGAGAAGCAGUGUUUAGGGCCGUGGAGACGCCGCUGUUCUGUCUCGGUGCUCUGACCGCGGCCUGGCUGUCUGUGUGCUCCGUGUGCCGGCUGCUGUCCGGGAUCAGGGUGUGGGUGCUGGGCAACGGACGGCUCGUGUCACCCACCACACUGGGAAAAUGGGCAGUUGUGACAGGAGCCACAGAUGGGAUUGGGAAAGCUUAUGCGGAGGAGCUUGCCCGCAGAGGCUUUGCCAUCGUGCUGAUCAGCCGCUCUCAGGAGAAGCUGGAUGAUGUAUCCAAGGCAAUCGCGAGCAAAUGUGGUGUGGAGACCAAAACGAUCGCAGCAGACUUUAGUGCUGUAGAUAUCUACUCUAAGAUUGAAGAUGGACUUGCAGGACUGGAGAUUGGAAUAUUGGUGAACAAUGUUGGAAUAUCCUAUUCUUACCCUGAAUUCUUCCUCAACGUCCCCAACCUCGACACUUUCAUCGACACCUUGGUCAACAUUAACAUAACAUCAGUGUGCCAGAUGACACGUCUUGUUUUACCUCGAAUGGUGGAGAGGAAGAAGGGAGCCAUCCUCAACAUCUCGUCCGCCAGUGGGAUGUACCCUGUUCCUCUCCUCACUGUCUACUCUGCCUCCAAGGCAUUUGUGGACUUCUUUUCACGAGGACUGCAAGCUGAAUACAAGAACAAAGGCAUCAUCAUCCAGAGUGUUCUGCCAUUUUUUGUUGCAACCAAGCUGAGUAAAAUCCGACGGGCUACGCUGGACAAGCCUAGUCCAGAGCGCUAUGUUUCAGCCGAGCUCAACACUGUGGGGCUACAAACCCAGACCAACGGCUACCUGCCCCAUGCCAUUAUGGGCUGGGUGACUACAGCUCUGCUCCCUGCCAAGAUCCUCAACAGCUACAUGAUGGGGAUAGGUUUGUCCCAGCGCACUCGUUACCUCAAGAAGCAGAAGCAGGGAUAGAUCAGCAGUGGCUGGGAGCGCCAGCAACAGACAGAGGGGACCAGCUGUGUUAGCAACUUGUCCGACUACCAUCAUCAUGGAAGAGAAAAUGUGACAGUUUCUGGGCAACAUCUCAGUUUCCCUCCCUCUGAUACUCCCAGUCAUAUGAGGCAGUAUCUGACCACAGUUGCCGUUACAUGUAUUCAAUCCAGACAGCUGUGUGAAAAAUACUGAACAAAGUAGUGCUCUUCAUUGAGUGAUCAGCUUUAAUGAAUGAAACACUAACGUGAAAACUAAAAAUAAUUCCCAAAAGUAUCCUUUUGUCUGCAAAACAUGAUAAAAAAAAAAUGAAGCCAACAUGCUCAAAAAUUAAGACAACAUGAUAAGGGAAGGAUAUAGAUCAUUUGGAUGUGUCUGAGGUUGGAGGCCUGUGUGUGUUUGUGUGUAUGUUUGAGCCUCCUGUGAGUAUGUGGACUGGCUUAAAGCUAUUCAGUAGAACACUGGAGGUGGUACUUAUUUACUGUUAAUACGUUCUAGAGCACUUAAACAAUGUGCUAUCAAGAUUUAAAAGGCUGAAAUGUUUUUGUGAUAUUAAUAGCUUCCUUAAUUCCUCAUUCUUUUGGAUUUUCAAAGCACUCAGAUUUACACCUUUCCUUUUGAGCACCAACUCAAAAUCAUUAAAGAUCUCGUUUGCUUUAUUCAUCUUAAUAUUUUCUCAACAGUAUUGAUGUGGUGGUGAAGGGACUGCAUGUAUAAUUUAACCAAACUACAUUUCAUCUGAUAGAUGAAUAGCCAGCACAGAGGGAAACGUUGUGGUAGAAUAUUAUAAUGUGUUUUGUUUACAAAUUAAAUUGAUUUUCAGAUUCAUUCUUACAGCUGGCAUUACUGUUUGGCACGACUUUCUAUCCUAAAAUUUCAGAAAAUUCUCUCAAAAUAUAGUGUGUUUCACAUCUAUAUUAAUCUCGUUAAACCAAACCAAAUGUACAGAUGAGACAAACCAAUGAAAUAGUGUAAAAUCUCUGAUAUAUAUUCUUCUGGGACUUUAUCUUUUGAAAAAUACAUGUAUGUUGAAUUUGUGAGUAUUUUAGUAGUCUAAUAUAUCACUUGUCUUGGCUCAGAUAUCAGCUUUGACAUUUCACUCACACUUACUGUUUAGGUGCAGGGACCAACUUCCGUUCUAAGGCAAGUGCUUUUCUCAAGGGGAAUGGCAUUAGGUAGGCGUAUUCCUAAUAUCUAGGAUGCAUGUUUGAGGUGAAAGCAAACCAUUAGGAUGUACUGACUAUAGAAAACUACAUUGCGUUUGUACUUUCAGCCAUCAAUAAAUAUAAAUUCAAAUA